UCAAUAUAAAAUGAGUAAACCAAUGCGUAUAUUUUCUGCAAUAAAAAUAUCUUGGAUUCUCUUGUGCUUCAUUUGAGUGUGUCUUCUGUAAAUUUGGUGCAUCAGGAGUCUUCAAUGGCGGCGAGACUAUUCAUUUCAGGAGCAAUGGCGGCCUUUCUCUGUUUGGCAUCUCUUUCUGGAGCUUCUGAUACAACCCCAGAAGUUGCUUUUGUCAAGAAGACCAUCUCUUCUCACCACGUCGUCAUCUUCUCCAAGUCCUAUUGCCCGUUUUGUAGAAGGGCAAAAGCUGUCUUCAAAGAGUUGAACCAAGUUCCUCAUGUAAUUGAGCUUAAUGAGAGAGCUGAUGGCUCAAACAUUCAAGAUGCCCUACUUGAGAUUGUUGGAAGGCGCACUGUACCACAGGUGUUCAUAAAUGGAAAGCACAUUGGAGGCUCAGAUGAUACCGUGGAAGCAUAUGAAAGUGGGAAACUGGCAAAGCUUCUAGGUAUUGUUGUUGACAAUAAAGAAGAACUCUGAACCAAUACUAACAAAAGUAUUAUUCAGUGCUAGAAUUGCUUCGAGUGCAGAGCUUAGUGCUUCCUGAGGAACUUGCUAAACUUUGAUGCACUGCUGUGAAGUGUAAGGAUGAUCUUUGUGCUGAUAAUAAGAUAAUUUUGUUAUUGUUGGAGAAACUUUUGAAUUCAGUACUUGUGUAACUCUUUCUAUGCAUAUUUAGGACUUUUUUCUUUAGAUCAACUUUGGAGAAAUUUUUAGAUCCUCUAUGAUUGGUGCUUUUCAAAAUGAAUACAUACGUACAAAAUAUUUUCAUACAUGUGAGCAAGAUUAUGAAAGUUCAGCCAUUUAGUUUCAGUCGAAAGUUCUGUAGAUGUUGGACUGUUGCGUGCUGCCUAAUUUGGGAUUUAAUCAUUUUGUUUUUGAUUCA